CGCCACAACCCACCAACUGUCCCAUCCUCAUUGGCCGGCACCCCCCCUUUCUCCCACUCCUAUUAUUUAAACACCUCGCUUCUCACUCCGCAGGCAGGAGACCCAUUUCCAAGGGAAGAUUCAUUUCUCUGUCAAAUUUCUAUAGCUAAGGAGGUUAAAUUCUAGUAAUCACAUAAAAGUAUGUCGCCAGCUGACUCUUCAUGCGAGGAAAAUGUGUACAUGGCCAAGUUGGCCGAACAGGCUGAGAGGUAUGAGGAGAUGGUUGAAUUCAUGGAGAAGGUUGUGAAGGCCGUGGACACUGAUGAGCUGACAGUCGAGGAAAGGAACCUUCUCUCUGUGGCAUACAAGAAUGUGAUUGGUGCUAGGAGGGCUUCAUGGAGGAUCAUCUCUUCAAUCGAGCAGAAGGAAGAGAGCCGUGGAAAUGAGGAUCACGUGAACACUAUUAAGGAAUACCGGAGUAAGAUUGAGGCUGAGCUCAGCAAGAUCUGUGAUGGGAUUUUGAAACUUCUUGAGACCCAUCUCAUUCCUUCCGCCGCUUCUGCUGAAUCGAAGGUGUUCUAUUUGAAAAUGAAGGGCGACUAUCAUAGGUAUUUAGCUGAGUUUAAGACUGGGGCUGAGAGGAAGGAAGCUGCAGAGAGCACUUUGCUAGCUUACAAGUCUGCGCAGGAUAUUGCACUGGCUGAGUUGGCUCCCACUCACCCAAUUAGGCUGGGACUCGCACUUAACUUCUCAGUUUUCUAUUAUGAAAUCCUUAACUCUCCUGAUCGUGCUUGCAACCUUGCGAAGCAGGCUUUUGAUGAAGCCAUCGCUGAGCUUGAUACAUUGGGUGAGGAAUCAUACAAGGACAGCACAUUGAUCAUGCAACUUCUCCGAGACAAUUUAACUCUUUGGACCUCUGACAUAGCGGAUGAUGCUGGCGAUGAGAUCAAGGAAACUGCCAAAUCUGGCGAAGGACAACAGUGAUGCAUUUGUACUCUAGCAGUUUACUCUUUCGUUUUGUUGUUUUAGUAUAGAAGUCUGUUGGAGCAAGAUUUGGUGGAGAUGAUGCCGGGGUAUUUGUGGUUCUUGCAGUUUGACCAAUUUACUCGUUUUAGACAUGGAUGGUGAUACUGUUUCUGUUCACGAGAGUCAAUGUAAGAAUUUUCAUAUUGUUGUUAUGUUCGCUUUUGUUGCUACCAGAGCUGGUGAUUGCAUCAAGUAAUACAUGUUAGCUAAUUGAGCAA